AUGUCCGGUACCUUAGAAAGCCAAUGUAUCAGACUCGAAGUUAUCAGCGCAAAAAAUCUUGAAAUUUCUUCCAACCGCAUUCCCGCUAGCAUAUCAUCGCAUACGUCACCUGCAUUAACAAUCGAGAUUAGGGUGUCCUAUGAGCUGGAUCGAAUGCUAGGUAAUGGCGAAGUUAUCGGAAAACUCGAAACGUCGUGGGAUGAGUUGCUUGAUCAUGGUGAUGAGACUUUUGAACUGUCCCUCCCACCUGUUCGUGGUGCCCACCCUUCCCUCACGGUAAAGGCCGUUGUUGUACAUGCUUGCGAAAAUCAAGACAUUACAUUGUUUGAUUCCCUCGUAGACUGCGAGGUUGCUCGAGGGACAGAUGCAGGCCACGCACGAUUUGCCGAAUACAUGUCCAGCGGCACGGCCUCUUACCUGGACGAUGCUGUAGAGCAUUUUCAACUGGUUCUGGAGCGGUGUCCGGUCGGCCAUCCUGACCACGCAGCCGCUCUCACCAACCUUGCGUGGGCGCGCCUUGAAGGUUAUAUUCGACAGGGCCCCCAAGACAUCGACAACAUCACUUCCCUCUUCCGCGAAGCCCUUGCAUUGCGUCCGCAUGGCCACCCCGAUUUCGCAUUAUCUCUUCAUCGUCUCAUUCAAGCAUCGAACCGGCGCUACAAGGAGGGAGCGCACUGCCAGGGCACCUACCUUCGUAGCAUCGGCCUAGGUAGCGAGGUCGAUUAUGUGAUCCUACAAUGCAACACACUUCCGAUUGAAGCAUCUAAUGAAGGCAUCCACCAUCGACGAAACGUGCUCGAACACUGUCCGGCCAUCACUUUGUAUGAAGAAGCACUGCGUCUGCGCCCUGUUGGACACGAAAACGUCAUUUUUCAUUGGGCAACCUCGCGAGAGGACAGUCAUAUAACUCACUUCGACUGAAAUUCUUGUUCGUACUUAGCGCACCGCACAAGGUUGAUAAUCAGGAUGUUUAAGGUGAAAUAGAUCAAAGGUGUCUUAGGGUGGUGUCUACAAUUGGAUUUGGGAACUGAAAUCCGCAUAUCGGUUUCAGACAGCACUGUGGCCCACCUAGCAACCCUGACGACCUCAGCAUGUCCGAACUUGACAUAAAAUACUGCCGCGGA